CUGCCAACGGGGUGAGGGGGUUGGAGACAGGACUGGGGCCUCAGCUCCUUUUCCAUCCGACUCUCCCAACUUUAGGUCGAGUCCCGCUGGCGUUAAUCGCAGCUUUCCUGUCACCAUAGCGACGGGUGGGGCAAGAAAGCAAAGUCUCCCUUUGGAACUACAUCUCCCAUCAUGCACCCGGACCCCAGGGUGCCGACUCAGCCGGCGGCUUGAGAGCCGGGCCGCCCCCACCCCCGAGAGCGGCAGGGGUCUGGGAAGAGAAGCAGAGCGCAGGGAGAUGGCCUCUCUCUCGGUCCACCGCGGAGGUUGCGGCCUCCCAUAAGCUAGCAGGCUUCUCGGGCCCCGGCCUGCCGUCGGCUUCGCCACAGCGGGCCUAAUAUGGCCGCUCGUGCCGGGAUCUCCCGGGUGUGCAGAGAACCGGGCCGAGGUCCGGGGCCAGGAACUGCUCCCGGCAUUCCUCGCGGGCGUGGCGUGGGCUCCCUUCCCCCUUCUCCAGGUCCCGCGAGAGGGAGAUCCUGGGGCUUUGAGAACAUCAGAGACAAGAAGGGGCCAUCCAUCACAGAGGCAGGGAGGAAGGGCCCCCAACAGAGAGCCCUGUGACAGUGUGUGCGCUUCCUAACUUCUUCCGGGGGUAGGGGUCUUUGGGAGCUCAGCCAAUGUUUGUUGAUUGACUGAUUGCAGGUAGCAUGGCCCAGGGCCUGAUUGAAGUGGAGCGAAAGUUCGUUCCCAGCCCUGGCACAGAGGAGCGGCUGCAGGAAUUGGGGGGUACCCUGGAGCGCCGAGUCACUUUCCGAGACAGCUACUAUGACACCCCUGAGCUGAGCCUCAUGCGGGCAGACUACUGGCUCCGACAGCGAGAGGGCAGUGGAUGGGAGCUCAAAUGUCCCGGAGCAGCAAGUGUCUCAGGACCCCACACUAAGUACAUGGAACUCACAGCUGAGCCUGCAGUUGUGGCCCAGCUCUGUGAGGUGCUGAGGGCUGAAGUCCCGGGGGCUGGAGGCGUGGCUGCUGUGCUGGGCCCGCUGGGGCUGCAGGAAGUAGCUAGUUUUGUGACUAAGCGUAGUGCCUGGAAACUGGUGCCGCGCGGAGCUGAUGAAGAGGAGCGGCCGCUCAGGGUGGACCUGGAUACAGCUGACUUUGGCUACGCUGUGGGUGAGGUAGAGGCCCUGGUGCAAGAGGAGGCCGAAGUCCCAGCUGCCCUGGAGAAGAUCCACAGCCUCAGCAGCAUGCUUGGUGUGCUGGCGCAGGAGACGGCACCUGCCAAGCUGAUUGUGUACCUACAGCGCUUCCGGCCUCAGGACUAUCAGCGCCUGCUAGAAGUGUACAGCUCCGAAGAGAAGCCUUAGGGGACUGGAAGAUCCAGACGUGACACUGGGCUAGGGUGUCACUUGCCCGAUGGGGAAGAAAGCUCCGGGUCGAAUGAGGUUCAUUCCUGGGCUCACUGUGCCUCUUCCUCUCUGGCUCCCCUUCCCACGGUGACUCCUCUCUCUCCAGCUCCGCCUGUUCCUUCCCCCUACCCUCAGCUAUCCUUCCUGGAGCCCUCCCUGGCUGCCCCCUCUCCCUCAUCCGUCAGAUGCAAUCUGUGGGCCGCCCCUCUCCCCUGGCCGCUAAGCAGCCUCCAUUGAUUUCCGCUCGUGUUUAUAGGAUUUCCACUUAGCCGUGAUCAGUAGUUAAGCAUAGGAAAAUCCCUUGCCACCCUCCCUCCCUUGGUCGAUGCCAUUGAUUCUGCCAGCGGCUCCUAAACCGCCUUACAGCUGAGUUAGAGAUGAGGGGAGGCAGCAGGGAUUUCCCUGCCCUGGGGUAUGGGGAAUAGCAGAAGGCUGGGGAAAUGGGUGGGAGUCCCUGUUAGAAAUCUAGAAAUUCUGGUUUGAUGUUGCCCCUGUGCCCUGCCCUGGCCCAGAGGGUAGAGUGCCUCCUGUGGAAGUUUAGGGGCACAUUUGCCCCCCAACCUGGAAAGGGGUAAAAAGAAAACCUUUCUUUGUUGAAACCAGUUCCAAAGGCUUAGGGCAAGAUACCUACUUCCUGUGUAAGAAGGCUCUUCCUUGGCUGUGCUUCACAUACGUUUUCUACCUCAAAUAUGGCUUCCCCCCUCAGGCUUUAUUGGGCUUUCACUAUUUGUAGGGUUGGGGGCAGCCCCCCCACCCCAGUGGCAAGUACAGACCAGAGUGCCACCUGCUGGCUGUCCUCAGAUAGCGGCUCCCCUGGGCUUGGGGACACAGGAGGGUUUCAGGCUGUGAGUGGAGGCCGAGUUACUGCCAUGUCUCCACAGGCAAGUUGUUCACCUCAAAGAUUUCCUGCACCGACUGGCCAAAGUGGUUGUAGGUGAGGCGCAGCUUCAGCCGCAAGGGGGCCUAGGAAUAGGAGAGCAGAGACCAGGGUAAGCGCCAGUGACUCCCCCUUCACUGGGUCUUAGCCUCGAGGGGCUCCUGGAGCUCACCUUCUUAGGAUUGAGGAUUCUGAGGAGCUGGGUCAUCGGAAGGCCACCCUGAGCUGGAACUGUGUCCCCACUGGGAGCCUGUAGCUGCAGCUGGAAACUCUGAGCACAGGAGGUUGGAUGGAGCACACCGCAGGGAGCUGGCUGGGCUCAGGUAACCCCUCCACACCCAACAGUUUUCAACCCUCUUCCCAUAACUCCCCAAGUGCCUGUCUCUGCAAGUCACUCCCUUCUCAUCUCAUCCUCUCCCCCACCCACCUCCUCUACUUAGUGGCCUUUUCUCCUAGAGUACCGAGGCCACCUCUGAAUCCCAGUCUUCUACAAACCUUGGGCACAGCAGCCUGGCAGGUGAAGUGGGUGACAUCACCCCCUGAGGUGUUGGUGGCAGUGACAGUGAUCAACAGCAAAGUAGGGGUUCCAGGGGGUCGAACGAAAGAAAGAUCCAGCUGUAGUCCUUCGCGCUCAAACACUUUGAGAUGUGGGAUGGGAGCUACAGCAGGGAGAAAGAAGUGGCUCAGCGUAUGGGCUGAAGAUAACGGUUCACUCAUUCAAUAAAAAUUAAACGAGCACGCAUUGGGUGCAGGGCCCUGCUCGAGAUGCUAGUGACAGAGUGGAGAAGAUGCAGGCUCUGAUGGAGCUCACAGCCUAGUCAGGGGGAGAGAAACAAUAAACAUGAAAGAUAAUCA